AUGCGAAUCCGCCCGUCAGAUGUGGGGUUUUCCCAUGACUCCAUCAGCCACAGGUUCAGCUGUGGCAGGCUGGUGACCGCCACUUUGGAAGAGCUUCGAUCUGGGCAGAUUGACGUGUCGAUCAUUCCCCAAAUGUUCGUUUCCCAGGUUGAUGGAUGCUGGUUUGCAUAUACAGGCAAUCGGCGGCUGUGGGUGUUCCGUGAACUUGAGAAUGAGGGCUACUUGCACGAAAUAGAAGUGCAGGUUACAAGCAGUAAGCUUGCUAAGAAAAGGUUUACUACAACCAACAUGGGAGCAUCCGUUCGUGUCCGGUGGCCGGAAGACGUGAGGCAAAACAGUGUUCAAACCUCCAAGUAUCACGAAUACUGCUUCUUUGAAGAUGAGCAUGUGCAGCAUUAUUACAUGGCUACGCCGGGGCAUUCGAAAUGCGUAUCUCUCAACCACGAUGAGUCGGGAUACUUUUCAUUGUUCAACGGCAAGGAUGGACUCAGCUGGCAACAUUUCCACAUUCCCGAUGGCUUAAGUGAUUCAAUAUCGCUUGAAGCGGAGACGGGCAACGAUCCCACGUUGGUUGCCUGUGGCAGCGGCGGGCGCUACUUCGUCCAGUUCAAGAAGGGGAACUGCUGGUACUCUCGGUGUGGAAAUUCCUUUGACAAUGCACUCGGCUGCAAAACCUUGGAAGCCAUCGCUUUUGCGCCAGCUGGCGUUUACUGGCUGAGGUAUGUGGAUGGGUCCACUCUCUGGCAAAGAUUGCCCCGCUCCCUUGACGACCUUUUGGAGGACACCGAGCUUGAGGUAAAAUAUGUGGCAAUUUCGCCGACAGGUGCAUGGUUCGUUCGGUUCCUGGACCAAACCGUCCAGUAUUCAGGACUUCCACAGCUGAGUAAAUACCUUAUAGAUGCACACGCUGCAAGGGGGCGCAUGCUCGUCCAGUUGGAUUUCGGUGCGAAUGAUGACUUCGUGAUAAUUGUGCAUGGGCCGGACUGA